CUGUUCUUGGUUUCAAUAACAAAACACAUGCGCCGCAUUCACAACAAUUAGCCACACCAUCGAUCAUCAUGCCUUCAAAAGAAACCACGAUCGCCUCGUUUAUCGAGUCGGCACCACCGGGAGAGUUGUCAAAUGUUGUGAAUGACAUUAAGGCUCUUGCUGGCGGCCAUCCCAACUUGUUGCGAUCUCUCGACCCGGCCUUCCAAAAGUAUAAUGAGGAGCAGUUUACCACAAUCAAACUGCCCGGCAGUAGUGAAUCAACACUCAUCAGCACUUACAACUCUUUGGGAGACGGACGCUACUUCGACACGACUAGUCAGACUUCGUUCGAAGUUGACCAUGCUUCGCAAAAAGCGUCAGCUGUUCAACAAUAUCCCCUAGAAUCGCGCCACACAGAUCUGGUCCGAUCGCUGCAGAAAUCAUUUACCAACGCCUCGGCAGAGCAUUUCCGAUCCUCCUCGAUUGGUGUCUAUCCGACAGACAAUGAUUCGUCUAUCGCCCUGGUCCUGGUGGCCAACAAGUACAGCCCACAAAACUUCUGGAACGGUCGUUGGAGAAGCGCGUACAUCCUCAACACCGCGACUAACGCACUAAGUGGAACCAUCAAAGCCGACGUGCACUAUUAUGAAGACGGUAACGUGCGCAUGGCGACCUCAAAGAAAGUCGACAUGAGCAGUUCGGGCAGCGCUGAGGCCAUCGUGCGAGACAUCGUCAAGGCGGAGAACAAGUUCCAGGAGGAGCUCAACCGCGCCUUCGUUGCUCUUGCCGAGGGUAGUUUCAAGGGCCUGCGACGACAAUUACCGGUUACGCGACAGCGCGUGGAGUGGGAGAAGAUUGGAGGUUACAGACUGGGACAAGACAUUGGAGGCGGCCGCUCGAAAUGAUUCGGCACCCCGAACGUUGUACAACUUUGACCACUUGGUCUGUAACUCCGCAGGUAUUCCUGUCUGCCAUGGGACUCGAAUGACUCAUGUCUCAUAUGUGGCAAUGAUGUCCUUCGGCAUCUGCCGUGUAGGGAUGGAAUAAGAACAGUACUCUAUCAAAGCAAUUUAAAAAAAAUAGUGCUGCAAGCUCGCCUUCCCACCAUCCUCGCAAUUACUCGCACAGUACUAAAAAAGACUCGUGGAAAUUAGCUUUUGAUACAAGGCUAUUUAUCAUAUAGCAUUAAUACAUGGUGUC